AUGAACAACAACCAGCAGGGCAACCGCCUGCAGCUCAACUUUGGCUUCGGCGGCGGCGACCGAAACAACCAGUACCAGCAGGAAGUGGGCAGAGCAUUCCCCACGACGCCCUCGACAUUCCCGCAACCUGUAUACCCCAACCAGGCCGGCCAGCAAGAGGUCUGGGGCGCCCAGCAGGGCAAUGGCUACAAUGGCGGCGGCGGCUACUUCAUGAACCCCUACCAGCAGGCACAAUACCAAGGGCAGCAGGGCAACCUCCAGGCGCCAGGCAGCCAGCGCUUCGAUCAGAGUGCCAAUGGCCUCGCCCAACAACUCUCGCACCAACACCUCUCGGGCGGCGGUCGCUCUGGAAGCCCGUACGGCCGACAAGGCUCGCCCAACCCCGGACGCCCCCGCACCGCAGACAACAGAGGAGGCUACGGCUAUGGAAGCCAGGGCGGCAGCUCAGGGCCCCGCCAGGGCCCCUCGCUGUACGACGAAGAGGCGCCUCAACGAAACCCCACAAAGUACUCGGAGAACGUAGACAAGCAGGCCAUGGUCUCCAAGAGUCUGAUCAACACCUUCUUCAAGGACAGCGUACAGCGGGCACGCGACCGGAAUCAAAGAGCUCUCGAACUCGAUGCCAUCAUGAAGGAGCCCUCUUUCUCCGACAGCCGGAAACGAUCCAAAGAAGACAGCAUGCGCCGUGCAGAAGUCGAAUACUUGCGCUUCCUGCGGACAAAGGAGAAGCCCGACAACUUCUCCACGCUCAAGAUUAUCGGCAAGGGUGCUUUUGGAGAGGUCAAGCUGGUCCAACGGCGCAACGACGGCAAGAUCUAUGCGCUCAAGUCGCUUGUCAAGCAGGAGAUGUUCAAAAAAGACCAGCUGGCCCACGUACGGUCAGAACGUGACAUUCUCGCCGAGUCCGACAGUCCUUGGGUUGUCAAGCUACACACAACCUUCCAGGACAACACGUUCCUCUACAUGCUUAUGGAGUUUCUGCCAGGUGGUGACUUGAUGACCAUGCUGAUCAAGUACGAAAUCUUUACCGAGGACAUUACGCGCUUCUACAUGGCCGAGAUCACGCUUGCGAUAGAAGCAGUCCACAAGCUUGGUUUCAUUCACCGCGACAUCAAACCCGACAACAUUCUUCUCGACCGAGGCGGCCACAUCAAGCUGACAGAUUUCGGUCUCUCGACCGGCUUCCACAAGGAGCACGACGCAGGCUACUACAAGAAGCUGCUCGCAGGCGGCGCCCACAAGUCGAACAGAGACAACCGACAAUCCAUGAAUCUCGACCAGAUCCAACUCACUGUCAGCAACCGUACCCAAAUCAACACAUGGCGUAAGUCUCGUCGCCAGCUUGCCUACUCGACCGUCGGUACGCCUGACUAUAUUGCGCCCGAGAUUUUCAGCGGCCAGGGCUACGACUACAGCUGCGAUUGGUGGUCGGUGGGUACGAUUAUGUUUGAGUGUUUGAUCGGCUGGCCGCCGUUCUGCGCUGAAGAGCCGCAUGAUACUUACCGCAAGAUUGUUGAUUGGCCGAGGAACUUGCAUUUCCCUCCUGACCAGCAACUUGGUGCUGAGGCUGAGGACUUUGUUCGCCGUCUGAUAUGUGACGCCGAACACCGCCUUGGCCGCAUCGGCGGCGCCAACGAGAUCAAACAACACCCCUUCUUCAGAGGUGUCGCCUGGGACGGUCUCCGCCGUAUCCGCGCGCCGUUUGAACCUAAGCUGCAGAGUAACAUUGAUACUCAGUAUUUCCCGAUUGAUGAGAUUGACCAGCAAGAUACAUCUGCUGCGCAUCGGGCGCAGGCUGCGCAGGCGGCUAAUGAGGAUGAGUAUGCGACGAGUUUGCCGUUUAUUGGGUAUACGUAUAAGAGGUUCGAUGCGUUUAGGGGGUCGUAG